UUGGAUGGCCCUGCUUUCAGGUCAUGACCCUUGGAUUUAAGAAAUUCUUCAAGACAACAUCCAAUAUGAUCCAAGGGAAAAUGUGAUUUGAGUCUGGAGACAAUUGUGUAUAUCAACUAAUAAUAAAAACUCAGUAUAGCUGAUAGAAGAGAAAACAUUAUUUGGAAGAUUGCUACAGUUAAAAAGAAAAGCUGUGUCUGGUUUGAUUUAUAUUGUAUAGCAUAUUUCAUUUUGGGUUCAAUGAUGGAGAAAAAGUGUAUCCUGUAUUUACUGCCAAUCUUGCCUUUUUUUAUGAUUCUUGACAUAGCAGAAUCAGAAGAGAACAUUGAAGGCUUAAGUCAGUUGGGUGUCUAUACUAGAAAUAAAAUUAUGACGGCUCAAUAUGAAUGUUACCAAAAAAUUAUGCAAGACCCUAUUCAACAAACAGAAGGCGUUUACUGCAACAGAACCUGGGAUGGGUGGUUAUGCUGGAAUGAUGUUGCCGCUGGAACCGAGUCAAUACAGCAUUGCCCUGAUUACUUUCAGGACUUCGACCCAUCAGAAAAAGUUACAAAGAUCUGUGACCAAGAUGGAAACUGGUUUAGACAUCCAGAAAGCAACCGAACAUGGACAAAUUAUACCCAGUGUAAUGUUAACACACAGGAGAAAGUGAAGACUGCACUGAAUUUGUUCUACCUGACUAUAAUUGGACAUGGAUUAUCUAUUGCUUCACUGCUUAUCUCGCUUGGCAUAUUCUUUUAUUUCAAGAGCCUAAGUUGCCAAAGGAUUACCUUGCACAAAAAUCUAUUUUUCUCUUUUGUUUGUAACUCUAUUGUAACAAUCAUUCAUCUCACUGCAGUGGCCAACAACCAGGCUUUAGUGGCCACAAAUCCUGUUAGUUGUAAAGUGUCUCAGUUCAUUCAUCUUUACCUGAUGGGCUGUAACUACUUUUGGAUGCUUUGUGAAGGCAUUUACCUACACACACUCAUUGUGGUGGCUGUGUUUGCGGAAAAGCAACAUUUGAUAUGGUAUUAUUUUCUUGGCUGGGGAUUUCCACUGAUUCCUGCUUGUAUACAUGCUGUGGCGAGAAGCUUAUAUUACAAUGACAACUGCUGGAUCAGUUCUGAUACCCAUCUCCUCUACAUUAUCCAUGGUCCAAUUUGUGCUGCUUUACUGGUGAAUCUUUUUUUUCUAUUAAAUAUUGUACGUGUUCUCAUUACCAAGUUAAAAGUUACUCACCAAGCAGAAUCCAAUCUCUACAUGAAAGCUGUGAGAGCUACACUUAUCCUGGUGCCAUUACUUGGCAUUGAAUUUGUGCUGAUUCCGUGGCGACCUGAAGGAAGGAUUGCAGAGGAGAUAUAUGACUACAUUAUGCACAUCCUUAUGCACUAUCAGGGUCUUUUGGUUUCUACAAUUUUCUGUUUCUUUAAUGGAGAGUGGACGACAGUGACUUUUUCUGAAGUCAUUGAGAAGUACAGAUGUAAAAUGCAAUGA